AUGGCUAGAAAUUAUUGGUCUUCACCCCACCGGUUAAAGACCAGUAUGGGCUUGUUUACUAUCAUAUUCUUGCUCGGUGCGGCCUUCGGAUCCGUAUACGCAAUGCCACAACCCUCGGUCGAACUCAAGCAUGAAGUUACCUACUCGUCCGUUGGGGACGAAGUCAGCCUCUCGCACUGUCGGGAUAUUGGAAAGCUGCCGGGAGACAAGUGUCAAUACGUUUUGGAAAACUGUAGCGAGCCCACGAGCGGCUUUGGGAAUUACCUGGAAUUUUAUUACUGCACCAUGCGGAAUCAUCAAAUAAUUGGUUGUGGACUUCUGCUAUUUGCCACGAUGUACACCUUUUUGAUGCUGGGGACUGCGGCAGGGGAAUACUUAUGCCCAAAUCUCUCCAACAUUUCCUCAUGGCUUCAUCUAUCCGAGUCGGUCGCCGGGGUGACAUUGGCAGCCAUUGGAAACGGGGCCCCCGAUCUCUUCUCGACGUUCUCGGCUAUGAGGGCAGAAACCGCGGGUCUGGCCAUUGGAGAGCUUUUGGGGGCUGCCAUGUUUAUUACGUUGGUGGUAGUGGGAGCAGUUGCCAUCACAACACCGUUUAAAUUGCCACGACGACCAUUUAUCAGGGAUGCGGUUGCUUUUAUAGGAGCGUUAUUACUUGUUCUCAUAAUAUGCGCGGAUAAGAAGAUUACUCAUCUGGAAGGAUGGACGCUAAUUCUGUACUAUAUGAUUUAUGUAACAGUCGUCAUAGUCAGUGCUUGGAUUUACCGUCGUCAAAAAGCAGAACGACUGCAGAGUCCGCCUUUGGAAGUUUCCGACCCUCACCACUCCAACGAACCACGGGAAGAAUUAUCGCCCGUCAGUAUACCAGCGACCCCUCUCUCUGUGGUAUGGACAGGAGUGUCUGAACGAGACAUGCCUUUUUUUGAAACCGAUGCGCUUCUUGGGAACCGCGAAGAUGAUGAUGACAGUCUUUACGAUGAAGACGGCUUUGACGCCGAGUUCUUCCUGCCUCACUUCAAGCCAUCGAAAUUGCCCCAUGAUUUUCUAAAAUUACCCACAAGCGGGGUUUUGGUGCGUUCAUGGUCCUCGCACAACGACAAUUUCAGGCGAGCGAGAUCUCGGUCACCCGAGCGACGUUCAAACCAUCUCAGCGGAUACGGUUCCGAGGCGGGCGCAGUGGUGCAGCCUACUGAGUUCAAUGGUAGCCCAGUGUCGGCAACACCUGCCAAUGAAUGGGAGGCGGUACAGUCUGUUUUAUCGCAACCAGACGACGGGACCCCGCGACUGUGGGAUGUUGACGGGGAUCAUGGUCUCACUGCACUAGCCUACUGUGACCGGUUGUGGGCGGCAUGUCUGCAUUGCCGUGAUGUGCUCGAGCGACUGUUUCCCGCACUAUUCAAAUGGAGGUCAUUGUCCGUAUGGCAAAAAAUGCAGGCUUUUCUGUUCCUCCCACUGUAUCUUGCCUUCUCGCUGACGAUUCCCGCUGUGCACCAAGAAGAGAUGGAAUUAGAUAUACGUAGAGAGAAGGCUAAAUCAGAACGACAGUUGACGGAUACCGGGGACAUUCUAGUAAAUUCGGAUGAGCCCGAAGAGGACGGAGACGUCAGCCUGGUGGACGUGGAGGAUAAGGGACCUGUUAUUACCUUUAAGACUCUCAAUCGCGAGCUCACCAUAAUUCAGCUUGCGAUUGCUCCCAUUUUUACUGCAUUCGCUCUACAAGAGCUUACGUCAUAUGUUGGAAAUACGCCCAUCCCCGUAUGGGUAUUGUGCAUCGCGCUGGGAGCAGUCCUGGCUACUGUUGGAUUCUAUGCGACGCGUCACAGAGCGGUGAUAAAAUAUGGUAGAAUAUUGGCUCUGUGUGGGUUCUUUAUGUCCGUGAUCUGGAUAUACGUCAUUGCCAGCGAAGUCGUGGGCAUGCUGGGCGCUAUGGCGAGCAUAUUUGGAGUCAGUGAAACAGUAAUGGGAUUGACCCUGUUCGCCAUAGGAAAUAGCGUAGGAGAUCUCAUGACGAACAUCAGUAUAGCACGUAUGGGCUAUCCGACAAUGGCUGUGGGGGCUUGUUUUGGGAGCCCUAUGCUCAACCUGGUACUCGGCAUCGGUGUCACAUCUACAUACAUCACGGCCAUAAAAGGAGAACCUUACCUUUUACGACACUCCCUGACCCCCGCAUAUGUCUGCGCUGUCUCACUUGUGCUUGCGCUAUUUGGCUCAAUCAUAUACAUUUCUGCAACUGGCUUUAAAGCAACAAGAAGAUACGGGGCAGCACUCAUUGCUCUCUACGGUGUACUCAUGGUGGCUAUUGUGCUGGUUUCUAAUAGUGGCUAUUGA